CUCCAGACUGAUCACGUGGCUCGCGCGGUGCCUGCUGGGAGUCGCGCACUCGGCACCUGCGCAGAGGGGGCGAAGCUCUCACUCUCGCGUUGCGGCUCUGAGGAGGCAGGUUGUGGCCGAAUCUCCGAUUGCUAUCGAGUGGGGCGAGAGGAGAAUGAUGGCAAACCACCUUGUAAAAUCAGACUCUAGAAACUGCAAGAGGUCAAGAGAAUUGGAGCCUCAAAUGUCUGAUAGUCCACAGGAAUCCUCUUUUGGAAAAUCAGAUUCAUCUCUCUCUGAGUGUUCUGGACUCUUUUAUAAAGAGGAAGCUCUGGAGAAGGAUUUGAGUGAUAUGAGCAAGGAAAUUAAUCUGAUGUUGUCUACAUAUGCAAAGAUUUUAAGUUUUGAAGAAAUACGUGGAGAAACCAUGUUAGGCUCGAAGCAGAGUCUGCCGUGCAUUGCCCCGCUGCUGACCACUGUGGAGGAGACUCUGAGUGCUGUGUCUGCUCAGGUCCAAGGACACAUUCCUGAAUGGCUCAAUGGCUAUCUACUUCGAGUUGGACCUGGGAAGUUUGAGUUUGGAAAGGAUAGAUACAAUCACUGGUUUGAUGGAAUGGCUUUGCUUCACCAGUUCAGAAUGGGGAGGGGCACAGUGACAUACAAGAGCAAGUUUCUACAGAGUGACACAUACAAGGCCAACAGUGCUGGAGAUAGAAUUGUGAUCUCGGAAUUUGGCACGCUGGCCCUUCCGGACCCAUGCAAGAGCAUCUUUGAACGUUUCAUGUCAAGAUUUGAGCCACCUACCAUGACUGACAACACCAGCGUCAACUUUGUGCAGUACAAGGGUGAUUACUACAUGAGCACGGAGACCAAUUUUAUGAAUAAGGUGGACAUUGAAACGCUGGAAAGAACAGGAAAGGUGGACUGGAGCAAAUUCGUUGCUGUGAACGGAGCAACUGCACACCCUCACUAUGACCCGGAUGGGACAGCGUACAACAUGGGAAACACCUAUGGGCCGAGAGGUUCUUGCUAUAAUAUUAUUCGUGUUCCUCCAAAAAAGAAAGAGCCUGGGGAGACGAUUCAUGGGGCGCAGGUGCUGUGCUCUAUUGCUUCCACCGAGAAGAUGAAGCCUUCUUACUACCAUAGCUUUGGAAUGACAGAAAACUAUAUAAUCUUUGUGGAACAGCCUCUAAAGAUGAAGCUGUGGAAAAUAAUCACCUCUAAAAUCCGGGGAAAGGCUUUUGCUGAUGGCAUGAGCUGGGAGCCCCAGUAUAACACGCGGUUUCACGUGGUGGAGAAACGCACUGGACAGCCUCUUCCAGGAGUGUACUACAGCAAGCCUUUUCUUACCUUUCAUCAAAUCAAUGCCUUCGAGGACCAGGGCUGUAUUGUGAUUGAUCUGUGUUGUGAGGAUGAUGGGGGAAGCCUAGACAUUUACCAACUAAAGAAUCUCAGGAAAGCUGGAGAAGGGCUCGAUCAGGUCUAUAAGUCGAAGGCAAAGUCUUUCCCUCGAAGAUUUGUCUUGCCCUUAGAUGUCAGUGCGGAUGCCCCUGAGGGAGAGAACCUCAGCCCACUGUCCUAUUCUUCAGCCAGUGCCGUGAAACAGGGUGAUGGAGGGAUCUGGUGCUCUCCUGAAAAUCUACACCACGAAGACCUGGAAGAGGAAGGGGGGAUUGAAUUUCCUCAGAUCAACUAUGGCCGAUUCAAUGGCAAAAAGUAUAGUUUCUUCUAUGGCUGCGGUUUUCGACAUUUGGUGGGGGAUUCUCUGAUUAAGGUUGACGUGGUGAAAAAGACAUUAAAGGUUUGGAGAGAAGAGGGCUUUUAUCCCUCAGAGCCCGUUUUUGUUCCGGUGCCAGGAGCUGAUGAGGAAGAUGGUGGGGUUAUCCUCUCUGUGGUGAUCACUCCCAACCAGAGUGAAAACAACUUUCUCCUUGUCUUGGAUGCCAAGAACUUCACCGAACUGGGGCGAGCAGAGGUACCUGUGCAGAUGCCUUAUGGGUUCCACGGCACGUUUGUGCCCAUCUGAUGGCACAAGACCAAGGAGGGACUGAGAGAAGGCUUAGAUGAGCACACUCUACGGAAAAGAGAAAAUAGUGAAUCUCACUCAACAACGAUUGUAGUUUGGAUCUGACCCUGACCCCUAAGGACUCAUAGACCUGACUCCUGUGGCCUCAUAGACCUGACCCCCAAGGGCUCAGAGACCUGACUCCUGUGAGCUCAGAGACCCUGACCCCCAAGGGCUCAUAUUUUAAAUGUUUGUACCCAGCUUGUGGCACCAUUUUGGGAGGCUGUGGAAACUUUUAGGGGUGACACCUCACAGGCACCAGGAACCAGCCUUUGGGGGCUCUGGUUCUCUCAUGCUCUCUCUCUCUCUGCUUUCUGGUCCACUGCUACGUGAACAGCCUUCACCUAUGCUUCCAGCCUUACCACUGACAAGGUACUCCACCAUGUCUCCACUAUGGUGGGCUGAAUCCCCUCAGCCUGUGGGCCAAAGGAAUCUUUCCUCCUUAAGUUGUUCUGUCCAUUUGAGUUUUGUUUUGCAGCAGUGGUAAAAUAACUAAUUAAAAAAAACCCAGUGUAUGAUUUUACAUUUCGAUUAAAACAUAACUGAUGAGAUAA